AUAUGGCGGCGCUGUUGACAACAGUAACAGAGCAGUGGAUACGAGAGAAGCUACAUCUAAAUCACCAUUGCCUUGCGGAUGUGAGAUCACUGAGCCUCCCAGGAUCUUACAAGGAGAAAAUCAGACAUCUGGGAAUCUCACUAAAGAACUUUGUCCGCUUGAAAACCCUGAACCUCUCCUGUAAUGCACUCAUCUCUGUCGAGGGGGUCCAACACUUGAAGAGGCUGGAGAGGCUGAACUUGUACUACAACAACAUCCCCUCCCUUCAGGAGGUCAAAGUGCUCUGCCAGCUGACUGCUCUGAGAGAGCUGGACCUGAGGCUCAACCCUCUGGCUAAAACAGAUCCACACUACCGCCUGUACUUGGUGCACGCACUGUCCAACCUUCGCACGCUUGAUGACUGUCCAGUCAGGGACCGUGAGAGAAGAGCUUCAAUCAUGCAUUUCUCCUCCGACUCUGUGAUCGGACUCCAACAGACGAGCUCCUCGGAGACAGACAUCCCUGACCAGAGGAGCAGUAAGCCGAGGAUGGCCUCAGUAAGUCGCCUGGCCAAGAAGCUCUCUGUCCUGGAUGACAACGAUGACCUAGUGUUGAACCUUGUCACUAAGAGCAACUGGGACCAUAGUCAACCUCUGUUCCUUACUGGCUCUUUCCACAAGGAGCCAGAGUCCCAGCUCUAUCAUCAGAUCAAAGAGGAGUCUUGUCAUUCCCAGUCCAAUGGUCUACGUUUAAGAGAAGGAUCUCGAAGGAAAGGUUGUUCCUCCUCGUUGAAGGGGCCAAGGGUAACCUUUAACCCCCGUGUAGAGAAACACAGCAGGACUAGCUCUGGACGGGAGGAGCGAGAGAAACUCCCCAAACACCUGAGAGUCACAGCCAAGGGCCACUUCACCCCUCACCCUGAUCAAGUUGACCAGCAUAAGUCUUCCUUAGUGAAGAUCCGCCCCCCCAGUCCUAGAAGUCCCUGUCCCAGUAGGUCUGAUGCCACCAACCCCAUCCUGCACCCUCCCAGACUGUCCUACCAUAACACCCAGCAGACAGCAGGGGGCUCCACCUCACCACAGAAACAUGCCAAGCAACAGAAGGGAAGCUAUAGGAAACCAAUGGAGAUGCUGCUGAGCCUAGUGGACAAGCACUGGACAGGGGAGAGGCCACUGCACCAUGACAACAACUUCCUCUCUCAGGCAGUCCAGAUCCUGUCCAUGAUGGAACAAGACAUCUCCAGUGGAGAAGCCGAGGUCAGGACGUUGAGAGGGAACGUUGAAGAGCUGAAGGAGCAGGCAGAGAUACGAGACCAAGACCACAGGACAGAGACCCAUAGACUAACUACACAGCUGGAGGAAGCACACAUCUCUGUUGACAGUUUGAAUGAGCAGCUGAGGAUACUAUUGGAGGAUAACGUCUCUCUACAGAAGCAGAUGAUCAGAUUAGAAAAACAAUAUCUCAACUCUAUGAUGAAAAGUUCACCAAACACUGAGAUAUGUGAGAAGCAGGCAGAGGUGGAUGAGCUGAGGAAGAGGGUAUCAGAGCUGAGGGAGAAGGUCCAGGAACAUUGCGUUAUGGAACAUUGCAGAUAGAAAUGUCAUGAAUAGAGCCAAUUCCUUAUUCUACAUGAUGUCAUAGAGGAAUGUUUGUUCUACAUUUCUAUCUGAACGUUCCAGAACGUUGUCCUGCUGAACGAGCACCAGCACCAGAUUCUCUUAUCUUAGCUCUAUAUACACUGCUGCCAGCAUUUACACUUUUCUUCUGAUGCAGGAUUAAUGUUGAGCAUGUAAACUUGUCUCUAACUCUGAUCUCAUUUUUUACUUCUGUGUAUCGUCAUGCUUUUACUGUGUCCACUAUCCACACCUUUACAAUGUUCCUUACUGACUGUAUCCACACCUUUACAAUGUUCCUUACUGACUGUAUCCACACAUUUACAAUGUUCCUUACUGACUGUAUCCACACAUUUACAAUGUUCCUUACUGACUGUAUUCACACCUUUACAAUGUUCCUUACUGACUGUAUCCACACCUUUACAAUGUUCCUUACUGACUGUAUCCACACCUUUACAAUGCUCCUUACUGACUGUAUCCACACCUUUACACUGUUCCUUACUGACUGUAUCCACACCUUUACAAUGUUCCUUACUGACUGUAUCCACACCUUUACAAUGCUCCUUACUGACUGUAUCCACACCUUUACACUGUUCCUUACUGACUGUAUCCACACCUUUACACUGUUCCUUACUGACUGUAUCCACACCUUUACAAUGCUCCUUACUGACUAUCCACACCUUUACAAUGCUCCUUACUGACUGUAUCCACACCUUUACACUGUUCCUUACUGACUGUAUCCACACCUUUACACUGCACAUUGAAUCUCAAUAUUUAUAACUCGACAUGUUUAAAUGAUAAA